AGAAGCACUUCCCGUCAUCCUUAGCAGCUGUGGCGGAAGACUUUCGUGAUAAUCGAGCGCCAUAGGUGAAUGUGAGAAGGCUAGGCAGAGCUGCAAAGGAUGCUGGGAAGUAAGGCGGAAGUCUUCGGUGAUUAUAGCGAACCAUAGGUACAUGUGGAUAGGUUAGAUAAGAGCCUCAAAGCAUUCCGAGAAGUGUGGCGGAAGUCUCCCGUGCUAUAGCGGAAGUUACACGUAGAUAGUGCCUUCAGAGUUGCUCACAGCAAAGCGUGUUGGGAGGUGUGGCGGAAGUGUCUCUUGGUUAUAGCUUUCACACGUGGGAAGUGCAGUGAAAGCCGGGGCUGUGAGUCUACUUGUGAGACAUGGUGCGCAAACUAAAAUACCAUGAGCAGAAGCUGCUCAAAAAGGUGGACUUUAUCAACUGGGAGGUGGAUAAUAACCUGCACGAGGUGAAGGUGCUGAGGAAGUACCACUUGAAUCGCAGGGAGGACUACACUGCCUACAAUAAGCUGAGCCGCCAUGUGAGGGAGCUGGCCCACAAGGUUAAAGACCUGGAUGAGAAGGAUCCCUUUCGGGCUCAGAGUACCACCAAGCUGCUGGAGAAGUUGUAUGCCAUGGGCCUCAUCCCCACCAAGCAGGGCCUACAGCUGUGCGAAACGGUGUCUGCCUCGUCGUUCUGCAGAAGGCGUUUGCCAUCCAUCGUGGUGAAGCUAAGGAUGGCCCAGAACCUAAAGAGCGCCAUCACCUUCAUAGAACAGGGCCAUAUCCGUGUGGGGCCUGAAGUGGUGGCCGACCCAGCUUUCUUGGUCACCAGGACGAUGGAGGACUUUGUCACCUGGGUGGACUCUUCCAAGAUUAAGAGACAUGUCAUGAAUUACAAUGAGGAGAGAGAUGAUUUUGAUCUUGGUGUGUAGAGCUGAUGUCAACCAUCACUAGUAUUUUGGACAUUGCGCAAACAGCUCUACUCUCUUGGAAAACUACUUGUAAAAGUAUGGUCGAUGGUAAACUUCCACCAAUCAAGUUCUUUUCAAAUGGUUUAAAGAGCCUUCUGUUUAUUGUUCUUAGUCAGCCAUGUGCAGCCGACAUUGGUUUUGUAGUAGACUGUUUAUUUUAUAUCUGUUUUACUAUAAAUUUUUGCCUAGCAACCGAA